AUGCCGUCCCAGGGACGCCAUCGGUCCCAACACCUCGAUAAUAUCCAGGAGAUGGAGCGGCGCGCCGGCGCACGCAGGACGAGCGAUGGUACCGCGAGUGAGAUUGAGCGCGAGGGAGGGAGCUCAAUCAACGUCCGUUUGUCGUCAGAGGACGGGCACGGCGCUGGUACGCCCCGCCGCAGGAGGCGUGCCAAUACCGAGGUCAUCUCUGAGAGCCGCGAGCUGGACGACGACGCCAUCGGCUUGCUCGACUGUGUCGACCUAGAAGUGUCGACCUUGAACCACCUCCAGAACGUGACCAACGGCAUCAUGUUUCCCAACAUUCCGCAGCUGUGGACUCGUCGGCCAACGCUCGUGAUCCCGUCCACGCCGUCCGAGCACAGUCUCGAAACCCAUGUCGGCGGUGAAGGACAGGAUGACAACAUCCUUCCUCCCCCUGUCACCGCAACGCGCAAGCCGCGAUCUCGUGCGGGCACACUCACGCGCAUGUUCGUUAAGGAGACCCCACAGCGUCCCACUCUCGCGUCGCAGGCGGAUGUGAGUCCGCCUACUUCCGAGGCGGGCUCGGUCCGCGGGGCUCGCACACAAGAGAGGGACCAGAGGGACCAGAUGGGAGAGUUUGUGCCGCUCCAGCCCAUCCCGGCCUACAAGGGCAAAGAGUAUGACGAGGAGUCGAGCGGGGACGAGAGUGAGACGACCGAAGAGCACAACCUCGACAAGCACCUGCGCAAGUUGCUCGUGCGGCAGGAGCGCAAGGAAAAGCUCAAGGCAGCCCUUAAAGGUCUGUGGGCGUACCUCAAGACGCCAAUGGGUGUCGUGACUGCAAUCUACGGGUUCCUCGUCGUGUUCUGGGGCGCCGCGAUCGUUCUCUUCCUCCUCGGUUGGAUCCCGACCUCGAGUAGGAAUACGCAGGACAUUUGGAUUGAGAUUUCGUCCCAAGUCGUUAAUGGGUUGUUUACAGUCACUGGUGUGGGUCUCAUCCCCUGGCGCGCGAUAGACACGUACCGUAUGAGCGUGAUCUGGACGCUGCGCAAGCGGUUCCAGCGCCGGUGUAAGAAGCUCGGCCUGCCACCUGUCCAGGAUCCAGACGACCUUCCCGACCCCACGACGCUGCCCGGGUACGAGAACGUGCUUACAAAGGAGGAGCACGAUAGGCUUGUCGAUCAGCAGACAAAGUUUGCCAAGAGCCAGACGUGGUACCGGCCCCAUGCUACUGCUACGCAUCGCGCAUUCCCGAUGAGUUUGGCCUUGUGGAACACGAUUCUCAUGGACGGCAACUCAUUCUUCCAAUGCCUCCUAUGUGGAUGCAUGUGGGGCAUGAACCGCCACAAGAGGCCCCCUUGGACGACGGGCUCUCUCAUCCCUCUGUCGUUCUUAUGCGGCAUUGGUGCGGCCGUGCUCAUCUGGCAGGGCGGGAAGCGGACGAAGAAGACGGCUGUUGUCGAGGACAAGCUUCGCAAGGCUCUGGCGGUUGACGAGCCCGUCCCCGAGCGCGUGAAGAAGCCACGCCGCUCCACAAUUUCAGGCAACCGGCCCACGGCUGCCGACCUCAGCAGGGACGCGAGACAACCAAAGCGGGCGGCGACGGAUGAUCUCCUCAAGUUGAAGACUGGCGAGAAUGCGCUGGACCAGGAAGCGAUUCUAGCCAGCGUCUCGGAGGCGGACGAGCCGCAGUCGUACGACAUUGCACCGUACAACGAGAUGAGCUCGCUGAACAAAGAGGAGCCCGACUCUGUUUCAAAGGUUAGGCGAAGCGGAUAG